CUCGCGAUGAUCCCCCCUUGCGAUCCUUCCAUUCUAGAACAAAAUCCCCAUUUCAAACGGCUUUAUGAGAACCUUACAACGAAUCUGCUAAAUCCAGAUGGCUCGACUUGCGCCCACGCCGCUGAUCCAGCGCGGAGGGCUGUUGUACAUGACUUGAAACAGUGUCAACAUCGAAGCGCAAAGAAACGGAUUAAGGAGCAUACACUCAAGCAACUAGCUUUUGCAUCAGACAGCGGACUCUCCGACGAGUGCCGCGAUAACCUCGCUCUUAUAUCACUAUACCUCGAGACAUCCCCUUCCGCCAUAGAUACGAACACACCACAAGGUGGCCAAUCGCAGCCACACACCCCCGACGACGCGCUCACCCUCCUCGCACCCACAAUCUCCUCCUUCUAUACACACAUCCCCGCCCUGAUCACGCCCUUCUCAUCGCUCCUCUCUACUACCCUCACAACCCUACGCGCCCUCUCUAUAACACCAGACCCAGACACAACGUCAACAAUCCCCGCCCCUCCCGCUACAAACCACCAAUCCCGCGCCCGCGCUCGAGACCGCCGCGUGCGUACCUCGCUAGCACCAGCCCCGCCUCUAGCGUCGCAGCUCCGUAAACGAGUCGACGCCUUGCGCACCACUCAACUCUCGGAGCUCCCGGCAGCACGAAGAGAUAUGGCCGCGACAGCGGCGGAACUCAUGAGUGUGCGGGCCGCGUUGCUGGAGCGCAUGAUCGUUGUGCUAGAACGGGCGAAGCACGGGACUCUCGCGAGGGCUGUGAAGGCGCGGGCCGAGCAUUUGGCGGUUAUUGCGCAGGGGAUUGAAGGGAAAGUCGAAGUGGCUAAGCUUGAAAUUGCGGCGGCGCUGUAUACACCCGAGACUCUGGCCGCGUUGGAUCGGUACCGGGUGCAUUUGCGGGAUACGAGGGCUCGGCUUGAGGAGCAGAGGGGUGUGGCUGUUGAGGAGUUGAAGAGGUACGGUGAUGGUUCUGAGAGGGGGAUUGAGCGGGGUGGGUUUGGGGAUGCGGCAGCGUUGGCGGAGAUUGCGAGUCGGUAUGGAGAUUUGGUCAAGGAGGUUGAGGAUGUAAGGAUGGAGAUUGCGAGGUUGGGGGAGUAG